CCAAAGGUGGGGUUCUAUCAGAUCAACAGCUACUUUUGAGGCUAGGGUUUCAAGUUGAAAAGGAGAGGAUGGAACAGAUUAUUGAAAAUACUUCAGCUGGGGUUAGACUGACCUGCUUUAGCGACUGCCUUUGUACUGUUGCUUCUGAAGCCAAGAGAUCACCGCUCAUUGACUCUUAAUACAGCCCAUGUCACUGUAGGAUUUGUACACACAGGGAGUCGACGAGUUGAAGAUGAAGCCCAGAGCGGAGUGCUGUUCUCCCAAGUUCUGGUUGGUGUUGGCCGUCCUGGCCGUGUCAGGCAGCAGAGCUCGUUCUCAGAAGAGCCCCCCCAGCAUUGGCAUUGCUGUCAUCCUCGUGGGCACUUCCGACGAGGUGGCCAUCAAGGAUGCCCACGAGAAAGAUGAUUUCCACCAUCUCUCCGUGGUGCCCCGGGUGGAACUGGUAGCCAUGAAUGAGACCGACCCAAAGAGCAUCAUCACCCGCAUCUGUGAUCUCAUGUCUGACCGGAAGAUCCAGGGGGUGGUGUUUGCUGAUGACACUGACCAGGAAGCCAUCGCCCAGAUCCUCGAUUUCAUUUCAGCACAGACUCUCACCCCCAUCCUGGGCAUCCACGGGGGCUCCUCUAUGAUAAUGGCAGAUAAGGAUGAAUCCUCCAUGUUCUUCCAGUUUGGCCCAUCAAUUGAACAGCAAGCUUCCGUAAUGCUCAACAUCAUGGAAGAAUAUGACUGGUACAUCUUUUCUAUCGUCACCACCUAUUUCCCUGGCUACCAGGACUUUGUAAACAAGAUCCGCAGCACCAUUGAGAAUAGCUUUGUGGGCUGGGAGCUAGAGGAAGUCCUCCUACUGGACAUGUCCCUGGACGAUGGAGAUUCUAAGAUCCAGAAUCAGCUCAAGAAACUUCAAAGCCCCAUCAUUCUUCUUUACUGUACCAAGGAAGAAGCCACCUACAUCUUUGAAGUGGCCAACUCAGUAGGGCUGACUGGCUACGGCUACACGUGGAUCGUGCCCAGUCUGGUGGCAGGGGAUACAGACACAGUGCCUGCGGAGUUCCCCACUGGGCUCAUCUCUGUAUCAUAUGAUGAAUGGGACUAUGGCCUCCCUGCCAGAGUGAGAGAUGGAAUUGCCAUAAUCACCACUGCUGCUUCUGACAUGCUGUCCGAGCACAGCUUCAUCCCUGAGCCCAAAAGCAGUUGUUACAACACCCAUGAGAAGAGAAUCUACCAGUCCAAUAUGCUAAAUAGGUAUCUGAUCAACGUCACUUUUGAGGGGAGGAAUUUGUCCUUCAGUGAAGAUGGUUACCAGAUGCACCCGAAACUGGUGAUAAUUCUUCUGAACAAGGAGAGGAAGUGGGAAAGGGUGGGGAAGUGGAAAGACAAGUCCCUGCAGAUGAAGUACUAUGUGUGGCCCCGAAUGUGUCCAGAGACUGAAGAGCAGGAGGAUGACCAUCUGAGCAUUGUGACCCUGGAGGAGGCACCAUUUGUCAUUGUGGAAAGUGUGGACCCUCUGAGUGGAACCUGCAUGAGGAACACAGUCCCCUGCCAAAAACGCAUAGUCACUGAGAAUAAAACAGACGAGGAGCCGGGUUAUAUCAAAAAAUGCUGCAAGGGGUUCUGUAUCGACAUCCUUAAGAAAAUUUCUAAAUCUGUGAAGUUCACCUAUGACCUUUACCUGGUUACCAAUGGCAAGCAUGGGAAGAAAAUCAAUGGAACCUGGAAUGGUAUGAUUGGAGAGGUGGUCAUGAAAAGGGCCUACAUGGCGGUGGGCUCGCUCACCAUCAAUGAGGAACGAUCGGAGGUGGUCGACUUCUCUGUGCCCUUCAUAGAGACAGGCAUCAGUGUCAUGGUGUCACGCAGCAAUGGGACUGUCUCACCUUCUGCCUUCUUAGAGCCAUUCAGUGCUGACGUAUGGGUGAUGAUGUUUGUGAUGCUGCUCAUCGUCUCAGCCGUGGCUGUCUUUGUCUUUGAGUACUUCAGCCCUGUGGGUUAUAACAGGUGCCUCGCUGAUGGCAGAGAGCCUGGUGGCCCCUCUUUCACCAUCGGCAAAGCUAUUUGGUUGCUCUGGGGUCUGGUGUUUAACAACUCCGUACCUGUGCAGAACCCAAAGGGGACCACCUCCAAGAUCAUGGUGUCAGUGUGGGCCUUCUUUGCUGUCAUCUUCCUGGCCAGCUACACUGCCAACUUAGCUGCCUUCAUGAUCCAAGAGGAAUAUGUGGACCAGGUUUCUGGCCUGAGCGACAAAAAGUUCCAGAGACCUAAUGACUUCUCACCCCCUUUCCGCUUUGGGACCGUGCCCAACGGCAGCACAGAGAGAAAUAUUCGCAAUAACUAUGCAGAAAUGCAUGCCUACAUGGGAAAGUUCAACCAGAGGGGUGUAGAUGAUGCAUUGCUCUCCCUGAAAACAGGGAAACUGGAUGCCUUCAUCUAUGAUGCAGCAGUGCUGAACUAUAUGGCAGGCAGAGAUGAAGGCUGCAAGCUGGUGACCAUUGGCAGUGGGAAGGUCUUUGCUUCCACUGGCUAUGGCAUUGCCAUCCAAAAAGAUUCUGGGUGGAAGCGCCAGGUGGACCUUGCUAUCCUGCAGCUCUUUGGAGAUGGGGAGAUGGAAGAACUGGAAGCUCUCUGGCUCACUGGCAUUUGUCACAAUGAGAAGAAUGAGGUCAUGAGCAGCCAGCUGGACAUUGACAACAUGGCAGGGGUCUUCUACAUGUUGGGGGCAGCCAUGGCUCUCAGCCUCAUCACCUUCAUCUGCGAACACCUUUUCUAUUGGCAGUUCCGACAUUGCUUUAUGGGUGUCUGUUCUGGCAAGCCUGGCAUGGUCUUCUCCAUCAGCAGAGGUAUCUACAGCUGCAUCCAUGGGGUGGCGAUCGAGGAGCGCCAAUCUGUAAUGAACUCCCCCACCGCAACCAUGAACAACACACACUCCAACAUCCUGCGCCUGCUGCGCACGGCCAAGAACAUGGCUAACCUGUCUGGUGUGAACGGCUCCCCGCAGAGCGCCCUGGACUUCAUCCGACGGGAGUCAUCCGUCUAUGACAUCUCAGAGCACCGCCGCAGCUUCACGCAUUCUGACUGCAAAUCCUACAACAACCCGCCCUGUGAGGAGAACCUCUUCAGUGACUACAUCAGUGAGGUAGAGAGAACAUUCGGGAACCUGCAGCUGAAGGACAGCAACGUGUACCAAGAUCACUACCACCAUCACCACCGGCCCCAUAGCAUUGGCAGUGCCAGCUCCAUCGAUGGGCUCUACGACUGUGACAACCCACCCUUCACCACCCAGUCCAGGUCCAUCAGCAAGAAGCCCCUGGACAUCGGCCUCCCCUCCUCCAAGCACAGCCAGCUCAGUGACCUGUACGGCAAAUUCUCCUUCAAGAGCGACCGCUACAGUGGCCACGACGACUUGAUCCGCUCUGAUGUCUCUGACAUCUCAACCCACACCGUCACCUAUGGGAACAUCGAGGGCAAUGCCGCCAAGAGGCGUAAGCAGCAAUAUAAGGACAGCCUGAAGAAGCGGCCUGCCUCAGCCAAGUCCCGCAGGGAGUUUGACGAGAUCGAGCUGGCCUACCGUCGCCGACCGCCCCGCUCCCCUGACCACAAGCGCUACUUCAGGGACAAGGAAGGGCUACGGGACUUCUACCUGGACCAGUUCCGCACAAAGGAGAACUCACCCCACUGGGAGCACGUGGACCUGACCGACAUCUACAAGGAGCGGAGUGAUGACUUUAAGCGCGACUCCGUCAGCGGAGGAGGGCCCUGUACCAACAGGUCUCACAUCAAGCACGGGACGGGCGACAAACACGGCGUGGUCAGCGGGGUACCUGCACCUUGGGAGAAGAACCUGACCAACGUGGAGUGGGAGGACCGGUCCGGGGGCAACUUCUGCCGCAGCUGUCCCUCCAAGCUGCACAACUACUCCACGACGGUGACGGGUCAGAACUCGGGCAGGCAGGCGUGCAUCCGGUGUGAGGCUUGCAAGAAAGCAGGCAACCUGUAUGACAUCAGCGAGGACAACUCCCUGCAGGAACUGGACCAGCCGGCUGCCCCAGUGGCGGUGACGUCAAACGCCUCCACCACUAAGUACCCUCAGAGCCCGACUAAUUCCAAGGCCCAGAAGAAGAACCGGAACAAACUGCGCCGGCAGCACUCCUACGACACCUUCGUGGACCUGCAGAAGGAAGAAGCCGCCCUGGCCCCGCGCAGCGUAAGCCUGAAAGACAAGGGCCGAUUCAUGGAUGGGAGCCCCUACGCCCACAUGUUUGAGAUGUCAGCUGGCGAGAGCACCUUUGCCAACAACAAGUCCUCAGUGCCCACUGCCGGACAUCACCACCACAACAACCCCGGCGGCGGCUACAUGCUCAGCAAGUCGCUCUACCCUGACCGGGUCACGCAAAACCCUUUCAUCCCCACUUUUGGGGACGACCAGUGCUUGCUCCAUGGCAGCAAAUCCUACUUCUUCAGGCAGCCCACGGUGGCGGGGGCGUCGAAAGCCAGGCCGGACUUCCGGGCCCUUGUCACCAACAAGCCAGUGGUCUCGGCCCUUCAUGGGGCCGUGCCAGCCCGUUUCCAGAAGGACAUCUGUAUAGGGAACCAGUCCAACCCCUGUGUGCCUAACAACAAAAACCCCAGGGCUUUCAAUGGCUCCAGCAAUGGGCAUGUUUAUGAGAAACUUUCUAGUAUUGAGUCUGAUGUCUGAGUGAGGGAACAGAGAGGUUAAGGUGGGUACGGGAGGGUAAGGCUGUGGGUCGUGUGAUGCGCAUGUCACGGAGGGUGACGGGGGUGAACUUGGUUCCCAUUUGCUCCUUUCUUGUUGUUUUAAUUUAUUUAUGGGAUCCUGGAGUUCUGGUUCCUACUGAGGGCAACCCCGGUGACCAGCACCAUCUCUCCUCCUUUUCACAGUUCUCUCCUUCUUCCCCCUCUGUCAGCCAUUCCUGUUCCCAUGAGAUGAUGCCAUGGGCCCUCUCAGCAGGGGAGGGUAGAGCGGAGAAAGGAAGGGCUGCAUGCGAGCUUCCUCCUGGUGUGGAAGAGCUCCUUGAUAUCCUCUUUGAGUGAAGCUGGGAGAACCAAAAAGAUGCUAUGUGAGCACAAAGGUAGCUUUUCCCAAACUGAUCUUUUCAUUUAGGUGAGGAAGCAAAAGCAUCUAUGUGAGACCAUUUAGCACACUGCUUGUGAAAGGAAAGAGGCUCUGGCUAAAUUCAUGCUGCUUAGAUGACAUCUGUCUAGGAAUCAUGUGCCAAGCAGAGGUUGGGAGGCCAUUUGUGUUUAUAUAUAAGCCAAAAAAUGCUUGCUUCAACCCCAUGAGACUCGAUAAUGGUGGUGAACAGAACAAAAGGUCAUUGGUGGCGGAGUGGAUUCUUGAACAAACUGGAAAGUACCUUAUGAUAGUGUCCCACGGUGCCUUGGGGACCAGAGCAGGUGGAUUGUGCAUGCAUGUGUGUUCAUGCACACUUGCACCCACAUGUAGUCAGGUGCCUCAAGAGAAGGCAACCUUGACUCUUUCUAUUGUUUCUUUCAAUAUCCCCAAGCAGUGUGAUUGUUUGGCUUAUAUACAGACAGAGAUGGCCAUGUGUAACCUGAAUUUUGGCUGUGUCUCCCUUCAUCCUUCUUGAAUAAGGAGAAUGAAAAUUCUUGAUAAAGAAGAUUCUGUGAUCUAGACAAAAAACGGUGGUGAGCAAUCCCGCAAGAGCAAGGUACAUAAACAAGUCCUCAGUGGUUGGCAAUUGUUUCAACCAGUUUGAACCAAGAACUUUCCAGGAAGGCUAAAGGGAAACAGAAUUUUCACAGCCAUGAUUCUUUUGCCUACACUUGAGAGCAAAAUUGAGCAUUUAGACUCUCGACUGGCCAAGGUUUGGGGAGGAACGAAGCCACCUUUGAAGAAGUAAGGAGUCGUGUAUGGUAGGGUAAGUGAGAGAGGGGGAUGUUUCCAAUGCUUUGAUCCCUUCUUACUUAACCUGAAGCUAGAAGAGCAGGCUUCUUCCCCCCAAAACUGAUUACAACUGCUACAGAGCAGACGGUUAAGAGAAAUGAGCUUGACGAUUAAGAGAAAUGAGCUGCACUCCAUGAGUGCAGCUCAGGAGAUACGAAGAGAGGGGAAGAGACUUGGAAAUGGGAGAGGGGGGCAGAGAGGGACCCUCCACCACCUCUUUGGGCCUGGCUUCCUGGGAAUGUGACUUGAGCCCAGAGUGAACACUCUUGGUAGAAGCCCUUCUACCUUCCUGCAACACCUUGUUUCCCUCUCAGAUUGUACCAUUGAGGAAUAAAAAAAGAUAUACAUGUAUAAAACUCCAGGGAUGAGGGUACCGGCAGAACUGAUACUCCCUUCACUUAACAUUGGAAAAUUGAGAAGGGAAAUGAAUAUGUGUCACUGCCGGUCCUGAAACUUGCGGUAGGGCUAUUCUAUGGGUCAGUUCCACUGUCCUGCCAUCCUCCCCUACACAGGGUGGCAUCCAGAGAGCCCCAGGUCUGUGUGGAAGCUUGACUGCAGGAUCGCCAUGUUGCACACAGGACACAUAAACCAGAAAGGUGCUCAUCCUCCUCUGGAAGGAAGCUGCCAUGUCUCUUCAAGUCACUCCCUCCAGGGCUGCUCUUUGCCCCUGUUUGCCCUCACUCGCGACCCUUCCUCAUCCCGCCCUUGACUGCUGUCCCUAACCCUCCUCCUUGAUUUUUACCUCAGUAUCUUUCAUUUUAAAGCCAACUGAAGGCCUUGUAAGGCUUUGUUUUCUUUCUAAAAUGAACAUGGGGUCAAGGGGCUGAACCUCUCACAGAUUUGGAGAGAGGAGCACGGAGUGCUUUACCUUAGAUAACAGGAAAGACUGAGAGAGGACAGAGGGCGUGAGGCACCUCCAGGAGGAAGAAGGCAAAGGGCCACAUAAACACCGCUUCGCCCUGACUCUGUCCAGGGGUCAGGGACUCAUCCCCUCAUCUUCCUCUUACCUCACCCCUUUCAAACAAAAAAACCAAACCAACUAACCUAGCGAACAGCAAUCUAGAACCAAGGGAGCUCUUUCAGUCUCCGCUGGCAACA